GACAUACUAUGUGUAUAGUUGAUUUAUGAGAGGAAGAGACAACAUUUGAUGGCAGCCAUUCAUGUGCUUGUUGUGUUUCUUUCAUUUACUUCCCUCUCUAUCCUAAUGGGGUGUGAGCAUGAUGAGGAUAAUACAUAUGCUCAAGAGAUUGUAACUUCAGCCCAAAAAGAACAAGAUUGGUUGGUUUCAGUGAGAAGGGAGAUUCAUCAACACCCAGAAUUAGCCUUUCAAGAAAACACAAGUACUUUUAUACGCAAGGAACUUGACAUACCUUAUACAUACCCAGUCUGCCAAAACAGUUAUAGUUGCCCAAAUUGGCUCUGGUUCUCCACCCAUCAUUUCUAUUCGUGCUGAUAUAGAUGCAUUCCUCCUGCAAGUUCCCUGCAAUUACAAAUUUUCUGCAUUCACGCAUUCUGCACAUCCUCGGUCGUUGUCAAGAUCGGAUGGUCCUGAUUUAGUGCUCGGUAAUUUUUAUUUUAAAACAAAUUAAAAGUUGCAUUGAAUUAUGGACUGCCUGAUCUUGAUUACGACCGCAAAUGUGCCUCAUUGGUGUGAGUGGCAAAUUUGUGAUUGCACACAGUUUGAUUUCACUCCUCUUGCAGGAGCUUAGUGAUGAGUGAGAAUUCAAGAGCAAAGUUAAUGGCAGAAUGCAUGCUUGUGGAGAUGAUGCUCAUGCUACUAUGCUACUUGGGGCUGCAAAGUUGCUCAAUCGGCGCAAAAAUAAGCUUAAGAUGGUGACGUUGUCUCUGAUUUCGCUUCCGCUAGGGUUCCGAUUCCGACCUACAGACGAGGAACUUAUCGAUUACUACCUUCGUUUAAAGAUUAACGGCAAUGGUGACGAGGUUCAGGUUAUCCGAGAAAUCGAUGUCUGCAAAUGGGAACCCUGGGAUAUGCCCGAUUUGUCAGUGAUAAAAGACAAUGACCCAGAGUGGUUCUUCUUCUGUCCACAGGAUCGACAAUAUCCAAAUGGGAAUCGAUUGAACAGAGAAACAAAUCAUGGAUAUUGGAAGGCAACAGGGAAGGAUCGUAAAAUCAAAUCUGGAACCAUCUUGAUUGGGAUGAAGAAGACAUUAGUUUUCUACAUUAGUCGUGCACCUAACGGGAGGAGGUCUAAUUGGGUAAUGCACGAGUAUCGUCCCACCCUUGAGGAGCUUGAUGGAACGAACCCAGGACAGAAAGCAUAUGUGCUAUGUCGAUUAUUUAAGAAAAACGAUGAGAGCCUUGAAGUUUCAAACUGUGGUGAGGGGGAGCAAACUAAUUCAGCUCCAGAAGAACUACAAUCUGAUCCAGCCCCCAUUACAGUAUCCACAUCACAGGUCAGACAAGAGGAUAAGCAGCAGGCCGUUAUCCCUGGUAUCUCAGAGGAAAAGUGAUGGAUAUGGAGUGCAUGAGGUCCAAAAUCAAACUGGAAAACUAGCUGCAUUGAGUUUUAAUCUAUUAGGAUUUAUUUGAUAUGCAUUGAAAGGGUGAAGAAAUUUUACAUUGUCAAUCAUUCAUACUUAGUUGGUGUAUAAUAUUAUUUAUGUAUCACCUAUUACCACCCAGCUGGCUAGUCUAUAAACUCUGUUGUUUUACAUUUGAACAAUUUCUUCAUUUUCAGUUUUAUUCCAGUUUCACUUUUUAAA